AUGAUCGCGUUGCUGAAGCGAGGUGGCUUCUCCAUAAGGCAAUGGGCAUCCAACGACGAGCGCGUUGUUAACGAUUUAGACUCCAAUGCGUUGCACACUAAUCUCGUGUUAAACGUGGAUCGUUCCGUAAAGACGUUAGGUAUAACAUGGAAUACGCGAGACGAUCAAAUGCAUUACGCGGUCCGUCCGAUCGAAAUUACUCAAAGAUUGACAAAACGAAACAUAUUAUCGGAGAUUGCAAGGAUUUUUGAUCCAAUAGGAUUACUCGGUCCGAUUAUUCUAUACGCUAAAAGGCUGAUGCAAGACAUAUGGCGUUCCGGUUUACAAUGGGACGAAUCUGUCCCACAAGACAUAUAUACGGAGUGGAAGGAAUUUGUUCGACAAUUAGAAUCAAUAAAUCGCUUUACCUUUGAGCGUAAAUUGCUAAUAAACGACUAUCACGACGUUCAAAUACACGGAUUCUGUGAUGCCAGUAGUGUCGGCUACGGUGCAUGCUUGUAUAUUCGAUCUAGCAGGGAAAAUGAGACUACGAUUGUCAGAUUGGCAUGCGCCAAAUCAAGAGUCGCGCCGUUAAAACCUAUUACUAUUCCGCGUUUAGAACUCUGUGGUGCAUUAAUAUUGGCACAAUUAUAUCGGGAAGCAAGCGCUAUAUUUAACGUUACACCUAACCGAGUCAUUUUCUGGUGCGAUUCGACCAUCGUUUUGCAUUGGAUAAAAACGCCGCCUCACCUCCUUAAGACAUUCGUAGCAAACCGAGUCACAGAAAUUCAGAACAUCACUGGUUCCAACGUAUGGCGACACGUACAGUCGGAAGACAAUCCGGCAGACGCGUUGUCAAGAGGUCAGUUGCCUCAUACUUUUUUGCGAAACAAAAUGUGGCUUACGGGACCCUCGUGGUUAGUCAAGGACGAGAGUGAGUGGCCCAAUGAGAUCAUGCAAACAGACGUCGAAAUAACAGAAUUAAAGAAAAACACCUGUUUGUUAGCGGCGACACACGAUAUCGGGAUUCUCACCAAAUACUCUUCCUAUUCUAAAUUGCUCAGAAUCAUAGCGUAUUGCCUCCGUUUUCGCCGUACCAUUAGGACUACCGGCUCAUCAUCCGCGAGCGAGAUUAUUGAGGCUGAACAACGAAUAUUACGGAUCCUUCAAACGUCUCAAUUCGCCAAUGAAAUCAAGGAACUCAAACUUAGGGGUUCGACGAACAAGAGCAAAAUCACCAAUUUAAACCCGUUCUUGGAUGAUUAUGGAUUGAUUCGCGUGAGGGGGCGUCUCCAAAAAUCAAAUUUAACAUUUACGCAAAAACAUCCAAUCUUGCUUCCGAGCCGGCAUCAUUUGACUGAUAGCAUCAUUCGCGAAGUUCACGAGACGCAUUAUCACGCGGGCAUUCAGACCACCUUAUUCAUCCUACGUCAAAGAUUUUGGUUGAUGGACGGACGGAAUCAAGUGCGGAAAAUCGUGCGCACUUGUAUUCGUUGUUCACGUUUUAACGCUAACGCGAUCGAAUAUAAAAUGGGGAAUCUCCCACCAGCUCGCGUGCGUGAAGCGGUGCCAUUCGCUAACACCGGCAUUGACUUUUGCGGACCCUUCUAUAUUAAGGAAAAAAAACAUCGCAAUAGAAACCGCGUUAAGGUCUACGUAUGUGUAUUCGUAUGUAUGGCCAUAAAGGCAAUACAUCUCGAAGUCGUGAGCGACCUAACGACUGAAGGUUUUCUCGGGGCUCUGCGAAGGUUUUCUGCGAGACGCGGUUUACCGGAGCGAAUUUAUUCCGAUAACGGAACAAAUUUCGUGGGCGCAAAUCAUCAAUUAAGGGAAUUGUAUGUUUUGUUCAAUUCUGAGGAGCACAAGGCCAAAACGAAUAGGUUUGCGUCCGAACGUCGAAUCACAUGGCAUUUCAUACCGCCAGCCGCACCGCACUUCGGCGGUUUGUGGGAAUCCUCGGUGAAACUUUUUAAGCAUCAUUUCAAGCGAGUAAUCGGGGAAUCCUUAUUCACGUUCGAGGAAUUAAACACAUUUGUAGUCGAAGUCGAAGGUGUCCUGAAUUCCCGACCUAUCACCUGCCUAUCAUCCGACCCGAAUGACUUGCUCGCCUUAACUCCAGCCCAUUAUUUGAUCGGCAAACCACUAACGACUCUCCCCGAGGGCGACUUAUCCGCUGUUCCAGUCAACCGAUUGUCUACCUGGCAGCACAUCACUAAGGUUCGUCAAGAUUUUUGGGCACGCUGGAGCCUCGAGUACCUCAAUGAGCUCCAGGUGCGUCACAAAUGGACUAAGGACGGCCCGAAGCUCGACAUCGGGACCGUCGUGCUCAUAAAGGACAAAAACGUGCCGUGUGGACGGUGGACGUUGGGCAGAGUCCUACAACUACAUGCGGGAGAGGAUGGUGUCACACGAGCGGUUACCAUGAAAACCGCAGCUGGAGAGACGAAGAGAGCCGUCAACUAUCUCUGCCCCCUCCCGAUUGAAAAAUAG